AUGCGGCUUUGCGUCCUUCUGCUGAUCUUGCUCAGCUUCACCAGCGCAGCAUCUGUGCCUCGUCCGUCCAGUAAUCGCUAUCCCAUCAAUCGCCGGCCACAGACUUUUAACACGCGAAACGUCACAUCCACCUCAGACACCUUGUCCCUCAACAUCGAUCCCGACAUAGUGAACCCGGUCUGUGGUGGAAUUUAUGAGGCCAACAUCAAUAUUCAGACUGCACCGGACCCAUUCUACCUUAGCAAAUUCUGUCAGAACGUCUUGGGUUAUAUCGGCGGCCCAAAAGGUGACAAAGAUGUAGACGUCAUCUUCGCUUGCACAGGCUUCAGCACCUCAGGCACAGGAACUCGAGACGUCAAGAUCAUCUUCAACACUCAAGCCAACUCGGCGAUAGAUGCUGGCAAAAGUGGUACACAACUGAUCCCAGCAAACAUGCAGCUUGUCUCGGAGAAGAACAAUGUGUUUUACAGUUCAGAGGUGAACAUUGGAGUCAAGAGAAACAGCGGGAAUGGGGAUGUGGCCUUUCAGCACAUCUAUUGUUGA